AUGAAGACCCAUCGGGGAAAAGAGAAUUCAAUUCGCUUCGUCACAAAAACAACGCAUCUCAUACACAUAAGAAGAAAGAAUACUCUGCUACGAAUACUCAUGUUGUUCUCUGCGGCUGCCGUUCGCACGUCCUCGCACGUACUCUCUCGCUGCUCGUCGCACGGGGUGAGGUCGUUUUUGCGUCAUCAAUCGUCGUGUUCCUCUUCUUCUUUCUCUCAGCGCGUUGCCGCCAAAAUCCAUCCUCGUCGUCACAAUCGUCAUCGCGCAAAGUCUUUCUCAGCGGCGGCGGCAUCAAAUGGAGGUGAAAAAGAAGUCGCGAAAGGCGACCGGGUUGAAAUCCAUUACGUCGGCACUUUAGAAUCCGACGGAACUGAGUUCGACUCUUCGAGAGAGAGAGGCGUGCCGUUGCCGUUUACCGUCGGCCAAGGGCAGAUGAUAAAAGGGUUCGACGACGGCGUUUUAGGGAUGAAAAUCGGGGAAAUGAAGACGCUGGUGUUACCACCUUCAAUGGCGUACGGGGACGUCUCGCCGGAAAACGUUCUGAGAGUCCCGAAAAAAGACGUCGUGGACGCGAUCGGGGCAGAGGAGUGCGUGAUUGGCGCGAAGUUAAUGGUUGGUCAAGGGAUGCCGGCGACGAUUACGGAAAUCACGGAGGAGGAAAUCGCGUUGGACGCGAACCAUCCGUUAGCCGGGCAGACGUUGAAGUUUGAAGUGGAGUUGAUGGAUUUACAACGAACGGAAGUGAAACACAACGAUAAGUUCAAGUGUUUUUUUGAGAUUGAUUUAGACGGUGAGCCGAGCGGGAGAAUCGUGAUGGAGUUGAGAGGGGACGUCGCGCCGAAGACGUGCGAGAACUUUCGAGCGUUGUGCACCGGCGAAGCUGGUUUUGGAUACGAAGGAUCUCCGUUCCACAGAGUUAUUCCGGGGUUUAUGUGCCAAGGCGGUGAUUUUACCAACCAAAACGGGACCGGGGGUAAAUCCAUCUUCGGGAACAAGUUCGAGGACGAAAACUUUGUGUUGAAGCACGAAGGCGCGGGAACGUUGUCCAUGGCCAACGCCGGGCCGAACACGAACGGUUCUCAAUUUUUCUUGUGCACGGGAGAGACGCAAUGGUUGGACGGUAAGCACGUCGUUUUCGGUAAAGUUGUCGAAGGCAUGGACGUCGUGGCGGCGAUUGAAGCCGUUGGUUCGCAAAGCGGAAAGACGAGCAAAAAAGUUACCGUGAGAGCGUCCGGGGAAUGCUAA